AUGUUUUUCUCACCGGCCAACUGUCUCAUCCUUCUACUCGUCUUGAACUUCACUGAUGCUGGACGGAUUCUGAGGAAGAUCAAGGAGCGUGUGCGUAAUCUCCAGCUGCAGGAAGCCAAGCAGCAUCUCCAGAAGCAGACGGUCAGUGGUCGUCAGCCUCUCCAACAUGUUAAGGAGGGCAGGAUUCACCAACAGCUGGACCACUUCAACCGACAAGACGUUAGCACCUUCCCUCAGAGGUUCUUUGUGAAUGAGGCGUACUGGCAACGUCCUCAUGGUCCAGUGUUCCUCUUCAUCGGAGGAGAAGGGCCCAUCUUUGAGUUUGAUGUUCUGGCCGGUCACCAUGUUGACAUGGCUGAAGAGAACGGGGCUUUGCUAUUGGCUCUGGAGCACCGUUUCUAUGGUGACAGCAUCAACCCUGACGGACUCAAAACGGAGAACCUGGCACACCUGAGCAGCCAGCAGGCGCUUGCUGACUUGGCUGUAUUCCAACAUUACAUCAGCCAAAACUUCAAUCUGAGCCACAAGAACACCUGGAUUAGCUUCGGAGGCUCGUACUCUGGAGCUCUGUCUGCCUGGUUCAGAAAAAAUUUUCCCCACCUGGUGUACGGAGCUGUGGCCUCCUCUGCUCCUGUCAAGGCGAAGUUGGACUUCUCUGCCUACAGCAAUAUCGUUGGCUUGAGUCUUACAAACAAAGCAGUUGGUGGCUCAGAAAAGUGUCUGGCUGGUGUGCGGGAAGCCUUUGCUGCUGUGGAAGCACUGAUGAGCGGGAAUGCUAGCCAAGUGGCCAUGGAUUUUGGCUGCUGUACGAUCCCUAAGAAUCUUGAUGAUCAGAUUGAGCUAAUGCAAAACCUGGCCGACAUCGUCAUGGGAACAGUGCAGUACAACGAAGAAGGAGUGCUCAUGUCUAUUAAUGAGCUCUGUGGUGUUAUGACCAAUACGAGCAAGGCAUAUGAGAAGGAGAUGGAGGCUUACAACCGCCUUGUUAAACUUGCUAAGAUCUACCAUUCCACCAGUGAUGAACCGUGUCUGGACAUCUCCCAUGAGAAAACAGUGAAGGAUAUGAUGGACACGUCCCUCCCCUUAGGCAGGAGAGCGGAGAGACAGUGGACUUACCAGACCUGCACCGAGUUUGGCUUCUGUGGAGUUGACCCAUGGAAGGAGCUGUCGGUGGUCCAGGACAGGACAGAGGACGGAGAGGAAGCCCAGACCAUUUUCAUUAGGGACACUGCUCACUGUGCUGAUAUGAUGAGUAGAAAAGUCACAGACCGCUGCUCGCUCAAGAAAGCCAGAGAGGAGAUUGAGAAACAUGUGGUCAGUUGGCUGAAGAUGGCUGCUGCAGGAGAAGAUUGA